AUUAACUUCCGUGUUUCAGGUGCGCAAAAGUAGGUCAACAAAGUUUCAAAUGAAGUAGGAAAUGGAGAGAAUAAUCCAAAUUCUGUGCAUUUUAGGCACACUAUCUAUGUGUAUUGCCCUAGAGUGUUAUGUGUGUGAGAACCAAGACAACAAUCAUGACAAAUGCGUCAAGACAGUAGUUCAAUGCAGAGAAGGAGAGGACACAUGUCGCAGUGUUGUCAAGUGGGGAGUUCCACCAUACUGGGCACCACAUAAUGAACGAAUCUACAAAAUCUCUAAAUUUUGCGACAGGAGAUCUGAGUGUAAUGCCAAGGAGAUAGCUGGUUCAUACAAGUGUAAGAGAGAUUGGUACAAUGAUUGGGAAUGCACUGAGUGCUGUGCUGGAGAUUUAUGCAACUUUUAUGUCACCAUGGGUGCAAAUUCUAUGACCUCCAACCUUGUCACUUUGGCGAUGUCAACAAUACUAUCUGCAGUGUUCCUAUGGCGACAAACCUAG